UGGGAACAACAGCCGAAAAUUGAACACAAGGAAGAAGUUCAGAAUGGUGUACCGCGUCGAUGCGGCGUAUUGACUGCUCUCGGUGCUUUGGAGCUACAACAACGGUGCAUUUCCGGUUGUUCUGAGAGCUCCAGGGGGUGUAAUUUGGGAGAAAAUUGAUUCUGCGAUUUGGGCUGCAGUGCAUGCUUGUUAGUGUUUCUGAAAGGCAGUGUGGAGUGUGAUUAGUUCUCACUGGUUGGGUUGGCUUGGCUUGGCUUGGCUUGGAUUGGAUUGGACUGUUCAGUUCAGCCUCCAGCCCUGGUGUCUAAUACAUAAAGGAAGUCUGACCUUGUUGAAGAGAGAGAGAGAGAGAGUGUGAGAAACCCUUCAUCAUGUCCAUGGAUUGUGUAAGUUCACUAGUGCACAGUAAGAGACAGAGGGAGGAAGAGCACAGCCAGUGGGACUGCCAGUCGAAAAGAGCAUGCACUGGAUUGGGAAGAUGCAUCGAGGUCAGAUGUGAUGUUGUGAUGGACAGCACAAUGGACUCAUGGGACACGCCACAAGCUGGCCAUCAAAACAGCGCCGGUGCAGAUCACCACGUCACCACAAUGGUUCAUGGCACAGCUCAGCAAUCCUGUCCCAGGUGCAUGGCAGGAGAACCGGGCCAUAUAAAUCAUAUCAUGCAGAGGUAUUGAUCACAAGGUCAGACAGGUCCUGGAGAGGAUGAAUAAGGAAGCAGACUGCAUGGAUCGCUGGGAGUGGAGGAACAGCCUGCACUUUGGCCAGUUCAUAUCACAACACAUUUUGUGCCUUAUUUAUAACCACAAGUACUCAAGUUCUCAGUUCUAAUGUAGCCUGUGGGUUUUUUUUUCUUUUCUGCUUUUUUUUUUUUUUUUUUUUUUUUUUUUUUAAAUAUCAGCACUUAAAUGACUGCUGAUCUAAUAGAAGGGCUGGCCACAGGUAAUUACUAGUAAUUUCAGGUUAUCACAUUCAAUAUGAAUGCUAGUUUAGAUACUACUACAGUGUAGUUUGCAGGGCAUUCACUGAUGAUUUGUAGAAAGCUGUAUUUCUAUUCAUUUGUGUAUUUAGUGUAGACUGAAUGCGUUCCAGAUUAUUACUAUGUCUUGCUUUUUCAAAAGUAUUGUACAACACAAUGCAAUGAAAUUUUUAGAUGAUUUUGUAGAAUCAAAUGUUUCAAAGGGAAUGUUUUAUUUAAAAAGAUAAUACUCAUUUACAUUGUCUUGGUUUUAAAACUUCCAUUAUAUUGGUUGUACAAUGUAUAAGAUUGUACUGUUUGUAUCUAGAGAUUUUUCCUUGUAAAAUCAGGCAAGCAGUUAAAAAUUGCACUGAAAUCCAUUAUGUAAUUAUAAAGGCUGUUUUUCUUUCUUUCAUUUUUUAAAAAAAAAUAUUUUUAACAUUUAACAUUUCCCUGUUUCAAAUGCUGUUGCCUGAAUAAUUUCUUGUGAACAUGAGGGGGAAAAUCACGGAUUUCUUUCUUUCUUUUUCUUUUUAUUAUUAUUAUUAUUUUUUGUACCAACUUAGUAAUUAUGUAACACUUUACAUAAAGUCUAAUUUGAUUCACAGGUU